GCUUUCCCUGCCGCGUCAUCGGAGCUGUCUGAACAGUCUGGCGGGAGUCAGUUUAUGAACGGGGCUCGCGAAAUAAUAUUCGUUUAACGUCUACACGUUACUCUAGAUUAUAUUUUUCUUUAUUGUUUUUCUUUUAAUUUGGAAGGAGAGACAACCUCGACGUAUCUGUUCUCCUGCUUUUACAGUAUAUAGUCUUCCGUGUCGGACUUUCACAACAUAAUUAACUUUUAGCUCGCAGGCUAACAAGUGAAGCCAAAGUUUCGAGAGUUGACUUCAUAACGUCUGUCGAGUAUUUAAACUUGUUCUCGGUCUACUGAGUAGUUUUUGGGGCACAUUCAUUGUGACAGUUUCUUUGUUAGUAUAGUAGAGCAAUGGCAAAAGUACAAGUGUUAAAUGUAGCUGUCCUGGACAACCCCAGUCCAUUUGGAAACCCGUUUCAAUUCGAAAUAACGUUUGAGUGCAUGGAGGAUCUUCCCGAGGAUCUCGAGUGGAAGAUUAUUUACGUCGGCUCAGCAGAAAGUGAGGAGUAUGAUCAGACUCUUGACUCUGUCCUGGUUGGUCCAGUUCCUGCAGGCCGACACAUGUUUGUGUUUCAGGCGGAUGCUCCAAACACCGCCCUCAUACCUGAGAGUGAUGCUGUGGGUGUUACUGUUGUCCUGAUCACAUGCACAUACAGAGGACAGGAGUUCAUACGCAUCGGCUACUAUGUUAACAAUGAGUAUACGGACACUGAGCUUCGUGAGAACCCGCCCCUUAAACCUGACUAUGGACAGCUCCAGAGGAACAUUCUGGCUUCCAAUCCACGUGUAACCAGAUUUCACAUCAACUGGGAGGGAUGUGCCGAGAAAAUGGAGGAUUCGGAGAACGUGGACCCCGCGCCUAACGCCAUGCUGCCACCGUCCUGCACCCCGGGAAAAGCACCUCCACUGGGACUGGUGCCAGACAACUCCAUGGACUGUUUGUAGUGACGCAGGCUCCUGUGAAUAAUCCUCACAUCUCAAGGCUCAUCCAUGAGCUCAGGUCAAUCUGGACACUGUGGAGGGAGAGGGAGGGAGGCGGGAUUAUUCAAACACAUCAGAAAAAGAAAAAAAAGGUUAAUUUUGUUACACCUGUUUGAAACAAAUCAGUGGUGUGCAGAAUACGGCAGAUCCUCCGGUACACAAUAAACAUGUUUGCUUUUCACUUCGGUGAGUCAUGUAUCCAAGACAUGAUUUAGGAAUUAGGAUGCGCUGCAUCUAAUGCCGUUUGAUCCAAAACCGAUCCGUUCUCAAACCGAAAGGGGAUGGGAGAUCAGCUCAGUAGAUAAGAUGUCAGAUGCAUAGUUGAUUUAAGAGACAAAAUCGGCAAUAAUUUGUGUUUAAAAGGUUGCAGCAACUCUGAAUGAUAGUGUAUUAUAUUGUGUAUAUAUAUCUGUAUAUGUCUUUUUGUAUGCCUGUUCUCAUUGAAAUAAAUGUUUUGUUACGUGA